GUAAAACAGUGCCGUUAGAGAGCAUGUCUCAGGUUUCUUCCAAAAGCAGUUUUUAAUGUUAAAAAAACUUUUAAUCCUGAUUCAGAUGGGAAGCAGUUUAGCCAAUCAAUGGGGCAUUGAGACAGAGCAAUGUUCCAAGGUUUCGGGUUUGUUUGCUAAAAGGAGGUCUAGGAUGUUUAAAAAAGAACCAGUAAUCCUAAAUGAGCUGAGAAGUACUAGAGUAAAUUGAGUGAAAAUUGAGACAGGCGAAAGUUCUAAGGUUUCGG